AUGUUUUCUCAGAUGGAUGUCUACUUAAAUAAUAAGUUGGUUUCCUUUAAUACGAAUAAUUAUCCUUGGAAGGCAUACCUGAAAACAGUCUUGUUUGGUGGAAGAGAGGAAUUAUCCUCCCAAAAGCAGUCCCAGUUGUUUUUUAAGGACGAUGGAAAUUUGGGUGACGCGAACGCCUACAAUGGUGGCAAUGCUGGACUAGUCCUGCGCUAUGGCUAUACACAGGAAAGUAAAGUAUUUGAACUGGAGGGUAACCUGAUGGAAGAUAUUUUUGACAUCGACAAAUACCUGAUCAAUGGUGUAGAUAUCUACAUCAAGCUUUUUAGAUCUAGUGCACCUUUUCUAAUAAUGUCGACACAGGACUCUCCGGCUUACAAAGUAGAAUUACUAGAUGUUGUAUACAAAGUGGCCAAAGUGCGAGUCGAUCCUGGUGUUCUAUUGAAUCACAGCAAGCAGAUAGAAUCUACCCCUGUAAAAUACACCAUCGCAAGAAAUGAAUUAAAAAUGAACACCAUUCCUAAAGGAUCUACUGAAUUUUACUGGGACAACAUUUUUCCUCAGGCAGUACCCGACCGCAUCGUUGUAGGAUUGGUAGAUCAGAAAGCUGUAAAUGGGGAUUACACAACCAAUCCGUUCAAUUUCGAGCAUUUUGGUGUAACGGAUGUAGGAAUAUACGUAAACGGAGAAAGCGUCCCAGGAAGACCCUUAAAAACAGAAUUCACGACAGGGCAAUAUUCAUCAGCAUAUGCUCGACUGUUUGAGGCCUCUGGAAAAUGGAGUCAAGACGCCGGUCUAGUAAUUACUCGAGACAACUUUGGAAGUGGAUAUUCUCUGUUCGUCUUUACCAUAGAUCCAUGUGGUUUUGGUGAAGAAUAUUUAAACCUGAUUCGAAGAGGAAACACCAGACUCGAACUCAAGUUCAAACAAGCAACAGCAAAAGCUGCCAACGUUUUGGUGUUUGCCACCUUUUCCUCUCUACUAGAAGUGGACAAGUCCCGGGACAUCAAUUACAUUCAACCAUGA